AUGUCUGACAACGAUCGUGAGCUCGUUCUCGUUGAGAAACGUUGGACACGAGCCUCGGAGCACAACAAACAGUCAAAUAAGGACGACCGGAGGCUCUUCAAGAGGCCCCUGAAGGGCUCAGCCGAUUCCUGGUCCGUUAGGGAAACUCCAAGAGACAAAAAUCAGGAGAAAAGCUUUGAGAUGCUCUAUUAGAACAUGUAAAAAAAGUAGAGGCUACUGAAAUGUUUUUUGGAAUAAAGUUGUGAAGGAGAAGCAAUCUGCAGCUCAAAAAAACAUCACAAAAAUAAGAGACAUUUUUAAAAAAUGACAAAAACGCAACAGUAAGACAGGGGCUUUUUUUGCUAUUUGUUCAAAAGGAAAGUUUUAAAAAUUCUUGAAAAGUUGGAAUAAAUUUGAUGGUAGGAAAAACUGAAAAAAACUUCUGCUAGCCAAAGAAAAAUACUGUAGUCCUAAAAUCCAGCGUUCGCCACUCAAUUUUUAGAAAAAAAGUGCUGUAUUUCAGCGACUAGGAAAAAAAUUGGCUCGAAAAAAAUUAAAAAAAUGAGUGAAAAAGAAAUAAAGUGAAGGUCUUUCUAAAAUUGAAGUUUGAAUAAACGAUAUCUGAGAGAAAGGUUGCUGCAAAGAUCUUUUCCUUAUUUUUAAAAAAAGCUUUACUUCCCCAGAAAUAAAAUUUAUCUUAUCUAAAUUUUUUUAAAGUACAAGUUUUUAGAGAGGCGAAUGAUGAAGCUUUAUUCAUCCUAGCAGAUCGCUAUGAUAAAAUGAAUCUACGAAGAAACUGCAGCGAAUCCGUGCCAAAAAAUCGGUAGGAACUCGAAAAAUUGUCAGGAAUCGAGAUAUAUUCGAAGAAACCAUAAUCUCUGAGCGGAGGUUGUCGCCGGGAGGAACUUCAGAUCAGUUGUAAGGAAAAGUCUAUUAGAUAUUCAUGCAGUUCGGAACGUGAGGAUUUUCCUGAUCAGACUAUUAUCAAUGAACUCGUGGGCCGAAAAGUACGUCGACGAAAACGAGAGGAAGUGUUUGAUUUUGGGGGUAUUGGGUUGGAGUCGAAAUGGAGAAAUCGAGGCGAUCCGCCGAUGUCGAUGCUAUUUCGAGGAGAGGCCGUCUGUGUGUGUGUGUACAACUCCCUUCGUUCGUACAUUCAGAAAACAGCGACGGUCCGACCGAGGGACUCACGAACCGCGGCUGUGUACACAGUCGUCGCGGAGAGCCCCGUAUAACUGUCCGUUUUUUUCUUCCUUCUGCUGCCUAUUUUCAUCCAAUUUCCCCCUAUUUCAGCUCCACGUCAUCUCCUCCGACGUGUUGGAGUCGUGUGCUGAGGCUUUCAAGUUUUCUGAGGACCCGAAGAGCUCGAAAAAAAAGACAGUCGACUUUUUCUUUUGA